GAAACGCCACCGCACAUAGUGGCCUCGUUAUGCGGAAAGCUAGAGGGAACGGUGUGCACUCGUUACGCAAGUCAACAGGAAGUGCGCCAAUUCCUUGCGAUUCCACUGCAUUUCGAAAGGGUUCUGGAGCAGCCUAAUGGGUCUGCCCAAGACUAUAAGACGGACAAGAGAGGCUCCAGUGGUGGCCAGUUGAGUUUUCGCUUUACGAGUGGAGUGUUGCAUCGAUUCGAUGCGCACUUGAGGAUGCCAGAGGGUUACCCGGGCACUCUGCAAACAAAGAAUACAUAUGUGGAGUAUGUGAUUUCAGUGAGGGUAAGUGAAGUGAACCAAUUGAAUUUCGCGUUGAAUUCACGUCUUUUUGGAUGGAUUUCCGACGUUUCGCAGCCACAAUAG